AUGGUGUCGCUACACCGCGCUCAUUUUUUCCGUGUUGUGAUUGUCGGCGCCUCCGUCGUGCUGGCGUUCACGGCACAUGCGUAUGUCCUUGCCAAUCACACAAUCGUGGCCAACGUGGUCUUCAUCGUGACGAUCUUUGGGACGUUGGGGUGGGCAUUGGUGGCUUUCACCCGAACAUCGUCACGUUCGGCCUCCGAAUGUCGUGGCUGGCGCAGCGUCGACGUGGUUGAGUGGGAUUUGUGUGCUGCUGACAUGGCCAGUUGGGUCGGUCACAAGUGGGACUUCGGGUAUGUUGACAAGCACGUCGAGGACUUGUCGUCGUCCCAUCGGAACGAUUUCAAGCAAGUUCUUCGCAUGCUUCUAGUGGCGUGCUGCCUUGGAUCUUCGAGGGAUGCGACUGGCGAUUGGGAUCGUCGAGGGAUGCGACACAAGUACCCGGGGCUAUGCUCGGCAUCUUCGACAUCCUUGGGGUCCUUGCUUGUCAUCGCCCCCACUUUGACCAACAUUACCGAAGAUUGGGCCAAGCCCGUCGCCAACACACGGAACACAUUCCACCACACGAUCGCAGUCGCCAUCUCGUUCGACGUCUUGGAGUGGCUGUAUCGAGCCAACAAAGUCGUCAAGGUGCUUCUUGACGAGCGCGAGACCCAGGACGUCGCCGCAACAAGUAGUGCGUCGUGUCGCAACUUGCCACUUCUGCCAAACUUGGGCACGAUCUACGACCACUUGACGGCCAAGCGAUUUAGCAUCAAGGCCAUCAACAUCCAAGUCCAAUACCUCCAGAUCACAACGUAUCUCAGCGGUCACGGCAUGCUGAUGGUUGGCUACAACGAUGCGCUCUGA